ACACACAACAGCCCAGCCCAAUCCAAUCCAAUCCAUACGAUGCGACUUCUUUUCUAACCUAGGUAUAAAUAAGUUUCUUCCUCUUUUGCAUCUUUUCUACAAGGGAAAAGCGAUUUUCAUGUCUCAUUCGGAAGGGGUGCUGCUGCAGCAGCUAUUCGAUUAUGCAAAUCAGACUCCAAAAUCAAUGGCCUCAGGUGGUAUCAAUGAUGCAUUAGGGUUUCUUAAUGCAGUAAGAGCUUCACUUCAGCCUAUCGAGAGGGAAAAGUAUCAACAAUUUAUAAAAAUCCUAAGAGAUUUCAGUGCUGAAAGAAUUAAUAUAAGUGAUACCAUAGCAGAUUUGAAGACCUUGUUUAUAGGAUAUACACGUUUAAUUUUGGAAUUCAACUCUUUUCUGCCGAAGAAACAUCAUAUCACAGUCUCAUCGGAGGAUGUACGGGCAUUAGGUUUUCUUCAGGAAGUAGAACUUGCGUUUCAAUAUGAUGGAGACAAUAAUUUUCGUCAUUUUCUAUAUCUUUUGGAAGAUUACCAGAAUCAAACUAUUGAUCUAAGCUGUUUCACUUCUCAAGGGAAGGUGCUGCUUAAAAAUUAUCCCCAUUUAAUUUUGAAAUUCAACACCUUCAGGCCAUCUCAAUAUCGGACGGGAAAAAAAAAAUUAAAAGAUAAUGGCCAGGCUGCUCAACUUCCUUGGGAUGUGCUUGCUACAAUUUGUAAAACACUAGAUUUUGACGAGCUCUUUUGGUUUUCGGGUGUUUGCAAGAAUUGGAGGACUUUUCACAAAUCAAAUUUUGUGUCAUCCCGAGAACCAUUGCUUGUUCAUAUGACUGGUAAUUGUCCUCACUCAUAUUCCUUUAUUAGCAUACCCAAUCAAAAAGUUUAUGAUUUGAACAUGAUGAGUAGCUUCCAGCCCCCAAACUGUGUCUAUGUUAGAGUUUCCAGCGGAUAUUUCAUCUUGGCCCAUAAAAAUAAUUCAUUUCUGCUAUUCAAUCCAUUUACAAUGAAAGAAAUGGUAAUCAAUGCCACCUUUACAGUUGAAUAUAUGUUAUCUAAUCGGCACGAAGCCUUGCUUGCUUUUGAGAAAUGCUCCGAGGAAUAUGUCUUGGUGGUUUUAUGCAAAAAGUCUAGCCGUUUGCAUGUCUAUAAAUCUCGACACAAUGGUUGGUGUACUUAUUCAACAUUAAAACGAAAAGAGGUGGUGGUCGACUUUGUGGUUUUGAAUAAUAUGAUAUAUGUUGUCACUAACAAAGCCAGGAUAGGGGUACUAAACUUGAAUUCCCGAAAUAUUCAAUUUUUAAAUCUCAAGAAUACUCCCAAUAAUGAUUCCUCAACUUCCAUUAAUUUGGUUAAUUGUGAUGAGCAACUUUUAGUGUUUCAUUCAAUAUCCAGCAAUUAUAGAAGGGAAGUUUACAAGAUAGAUUUGUCAACCAUGAAUUAUGUUAAGAUGAAAACUUUGGGUGAUAUUGCAUUAUUUUAUGUUUCUUGGGGAAACUGUCGGGCAUUGAGCAACCCCAACAGUUCUGGUUAUGAGAGCAACCAUGUGUAUGAAGUUAGUAGUAUGUCUCAAUGUAUUAAGUAUGAUUGGAAUGAUGGUCGUCCAUCAAAAAUAUACCCAUAUCUUCGUUCUCUUAAAGACUACAAUCUCUUUGAUUGGUGUUUUAGACAUGUAAAGUAUGAAGUUGAUUAUUCUUUAGUUGAAUAAUUGCAUGGUGUUAGGAGUAUUUAUGUUUUGGCUUGGCUUCACUUGAAAAAACUUGUAAUUUCUGAAUGAUAAGCAACUGUUUGUAUUCAGAUUAUUAUAAUAAUAAUAUUUUGGUUCUGUUUGAGACUUCAA